GCGGAUCUUCUGAAUACUUUUCCUGCGGAACCUGCCUUCUGCUUGCUGAGAGAGCUUUUGACUUCUGAAUGGAGAAGGUCUUCAGGUCUCCAGGAGUUUAGCAUCCAGAAAUGUCUCUACCGAUUGACCUCUCCGUAGCAAUGUGGACGCUUGGAUUUGGAGCCAUCGGGGCUGCCGUGACAGGGAUCAUCCUCGCCAACACAGAUUUGUUUCUCUCUAAAGCAGAAAUGGCCUCAAAGGACUUUCUAGAAGAAAUUGAUCUGAAGACACUGGGCCCAGGAGAACAGACGACAUUCAAAGCCAAGGAUCUGUGGAAGACGAAGGGUGCUGUCGUCAUGGCGGUGAGGCGGCCUGGAUGAUUUUUGUGCAGAGAGGAGGCCGCUGAGCUGUCCUCUCUGAAACCCCAACUUGAGCAGGUCGGGGUCCCUCUUUAUGCUGUGGUGAAAGAGAACAUUGGGACGGAGGUGGCAAACUUUCGGUCGUACUUCAAAGGAGAAAUAUUCCUGGAUGAAAAGAGAAAAUUCUACGGUCCUCAGAGAAGAACGAUGAUGUUCCUGGCUAUUUUCCGCUGGAAUGUCUGGAGGAACUUCUGGCGCGCUUGGAGGAGUGGCUACACCGGCAACAUCGAUGGAGAAGGCGUGAUCCUGGGAGGGGUCUUUGUGAUUGGCCCAGGCAAACAGGGGGUUCUCUUGGAACACCGUGAGAAAGAAUUUGGAGACAAAGUCAGCCUUGAUGCUGUCCUUGAUGCUGUCAAGAAGAUCAAAGCGCAACCUUCAGACCGUGGAGAAUAAAGCACCCUUUCUUUUUUUGUUGCAAAUGCUAAUGUUGCCACGCAAACAUAGGCCGUAUCUCUGCCAGGUUGUCAAUUUCUCCCAAUCCCCUCAUCAUAAAGUCCAGCUCCUAGUAGUCCUUUCCAUCUGCUCUUCAGACACCACUGAUUCCUUCUGUUUUUGUUUUACUGGGUCAAUGAAAGGCCAGAUCUGAAAUUUGAAGAUCUGACCUAGAUCCUUUCCAGUUGGAACAAAACAUUAGGGUACAUCAGGGCAUCAGAGGGAUGAUGGAAAGCUUAAUAAACAUUGUUUGGAAGUUUAAA